CGAGGGUCUCCCUGGGAAGAGCGCGGGGGGAGCCUCGCCUCCCAGCCAGCAGCCAUGGCCGCCGCGCCGAGGCCGCUUCAAACCGAGGCGGCCCGCCUGGGCGCCGCCUACUUCGACCAGCCCUGCAUCUCCCUGGCUAAAGCCCUGCUCGGACAGGUUCUGGUUCGGAAACUGCCCGACGGGCGCGAGCUGUGGGGGCGGAUCGUUGAAACCGAAGCCUAUUUGGGAGGGGAGGACACCGCUUCGCACUCCCGGGGCGGUCGACGGACCGCCAGGAACGCAGCGAUGUUCAUGCGACCCGGCACGCUGUACGUGUACCAGAUCUACGGGAUCUACUUCUGCAUGAACGUCUCUAGCCAAGGGGAAGGGGCUGCCGUCCUCCUCCGUUCCCUGGAACCCCUGCGGGGGCUGGAGACCAUGCGAGAACUGCGGCUGGCCCGCCAGCAGAAAGCCCCUGCCCGCCUUCUCCAGGACUGGCAGCUGUGCAACGGGCCCUCCAAACUCUGCCAGGCCCUGGCCAUCGACCGGAGCUUUGACCAGCAGGACCUGGGCUGCAACCCCUCCCUGUGGCUGGAGCCUGGCCUGGAAGCUUCUGGAGACCAGGUCCCCAUCUGCGUCCCCCGCAUUGGCAUCAGUGGGGAGUGGGCCCAGAAGCCUUUGCGCUUCUACCUCCAGGGCAACCAGUGUGUGAGCGCCAUUGACAAAAACGCCGAGGGGCGACGGCCACGUGGGGCCGUGGCAGAGAAAUGUCUUUAGCUUGCCGCACGAAGCGGGCAUGAACACAGAUGAUGCCAACAAAGGACUAGAAGGGCCGUUUCAGAUUUAUGUAUGUAAAUAAACAUGUUUUGCUCUC